CGGCGUUACCGAUAAGACCGAUAAGGAAAGCGAGAAUGUGGCAUCGAGUUCGCUAACGCCCAGAGUAUCAACACUCGGUGAUAAACCGCUCGACGAAACGCUUCGCCACGCGAGAACUGUCAUCAGUGUCGCUGAAUUGUCCGUCGCAACACGUCAGUGCGUCCACGAGGUCCGAUCGAGGGGAUAAGCGAUGCCCGGGUACAAAUGGGUGCGCUGGCCGAUGCCCUACGCCGAUCCUCACAUGAUGAUCUCCGUCGGGAGGGAUCUGGACGGCUCGAAUCUCGUCGUGGGACGCGCCAUGCACCAAGGUGACAUGUUGCCGGCGAAAGUGAAGCCGGAACACGGCGUCGCUUACGUGGCACACGGAGGCGCCGAGCACACGAAGCACAACUUUGAGGUACUGAUGCCCGCCCACUUCAGCUGGAUCCAUUCGAGCCACGGUCACGUACCGGACCACGCGGUGGAGGCCGGCAGGAUCUCGAACGGGGAAAUGCUGUACGUCGGCCGCGCUUAUCACAACGGCGUGCCCUGCGUAGGAAAGGUUCACAGGAGCCACGGUUGCCUGUACAUUCCGUACGACGGCAAGGAGAUUUCGUACAGGGACUACGAGGUUUUGGUGCAAUUCUGACUCGAGAGAGACGGACCGGCCGGCUUGUAAAAUAAUUGAUUGUGUGAAACAGCGAAGCAUAUCUUCCUACGUGACAAUAAAAGUUUUCGAUCUCAA